UUUGCAGAAGCUGAAGCUCAUAUCCCUAAACUAGCUGCAGAUUACUUAAAACCUCAGGAAUUUGGACAAAUAAUAACUAGUUACCUUGGUGAAAUCACCAAUYCAAUUGAUGAACCUAUUCAAAUUGAAACUAAAGAUAAACCAAAUAUUGAGAUGAUUUAUGAAAACGACACAACAACUAAAACCAGUAAGAGGCAUUACACAUUAGAAGAAUUCCAAAGUAGUUCCCAAAACGAAUCUUCAUUGUAUACCACACCAAAAACAUUGCCAACAAAUAAUAAAAGUGUCGAUGUAGAAAAAGUAGAAGCCAGUUUACAAGAGAAUACAAGCGUAGUUUCACGUCAAGAAGUUUCUGCAUUUAUUGAUACAAUAAUUGAUUAUCCACUUGCUAUUCGAAUACCGAAAAAAGUUUGGAAAAAAGGAUACACGUAUAGAGUUAACGAUUGUUUUUAUGAUGAUAAUGGUGACUUUUUGUACAGAGUUCCAGGUUUAAUUAAAGAUGAAGAUAGACAACAAAAGCAAUAAUAAUAUUCAAUUGAUUUGAUUUAUAAAUAUGUUAUUGAUAUUGAUUUAAAUGUAUAUUUUAUA